GAGGGACACUGUCCCUUUAAGACGGAUAAAGCCGACAGCUCCGCACGAGCUGAGGCAUCGCUGUUUAUUCCACUAUCUCCAGCUGCUGCGUCAAUUCUCCAUUGUUUACCGCCGGUUCCAGUAAAUGUUCAUGUACAUGAAGUGUCGGUGGACAUUUUAAAUCCCGGAUGGAGAAAUGAGACGCUGGACGCAGCCGGUUUGCUCUGUGUAUGGAGAAUCCUGAGCUGCAGCACUAACUCUGGCACAGUCCUCAGCACAGCCCUUCUCUCACAGAGGGGCAGGCUGCUGGUUUGGAGCUUCCCAACCCUUUUGUUGUUUUACUGCAUCCUGUGCACCAGCCGGCCAGUGAGUGAUUUAUACAUCCACUUCUCUCGGAAAACAACAAACAAUAAUGGAAGACAAACGCAAGAAGCGCAGCCCAAAGGUGUCCCUCCCGCAGCCCCCUCCCCCCCCCAUCAACCCCCGCAAACUCACCGUGUUGCCCGCCAGCAAAAGUGCCACCUUCUCCCUCGGCCUGCCGCAGCCUCCCUCCCCCAAGAACAGAGGCAAGUACAAGAGGUCCAUUGGUGCGCCCGGGCAGCCCAAAGAGGUGUUCGCAGCCGUCGUAGCUCCACCAAAGACCACCAGGCCCCACAAAGAGAAGCCCCGGGCCCCACAGCCAGCAGGGCCCAGUAAAGUCGUCCAGUCUUCCCCCUUGCAGCACUCCUUCCUCACUGACGUCUCAGACGUGAGAGAGAUGGAGGGAGGCCUCCUCAAUCUCCUCAACGACUUCCACUCAGGCAAACUGCAGGCGUUCGGUAAGGUUUGCUCCUUUGAGCAGCUGGAGCAUGUGCGUGAGAUGCAGGAGAAGCUGGCGCGACUGCACUUCAGCCUCGACAGCCACGUGGAGGAGCUUUCAGAGGACCAGAGGAAGUGCGCCUCGGACCACAACCUGGAACACCUGCUCAGUAACCUGGAGGAGCUCAGCACCUCCAUACAAAAGCUCCACUUGGCCGAGAACCAGGACCUGCCCAAGACAUCUGGCCCCUGACAGGAGCGGAGGCGUGGAGGGCGGCGACAGCACACUCAUCGUCUCCCAGCAUCUAACCAUGGCCGGGUUGCCAUGGCGUUGAUCCAGCUGCCUUAGUAACAGAAUGGAAAGACCCACAGGAGGAGGAGGAGCCAUCUCCUGCCCCAUUUGGUCAGUGAAACCAAGGGAACGAUACAGUAGCUUGAAGCAGCAGAGCAUUAAACAAACCAAAACAUCAUCCCCUCCUUCAUGAAUCGCUAAAUGAUCAGAGGGGGGACUUCACAGUGGAAGAAGAACGAAACAGGAACAUUUUCCAGCUAACAUCAGCUACUAGUUACAUCAUAUGGUAACAGCCGAAUCCAAGCGAGUGAAGUCGUUGCUUCCUUUUUCCUUUAGAAAAAGCACAUUAUAUGAGAGCUGAAGACUUUAUACUGUGUUUCGUUCAGAUGCCUGGAGCUUUGCUCAAUUUUAGAGCCAGUUCAAACCUGGUAUUCACAUCCAUCCUGAGGGAUAUGAUCACAUGUAAACAGCGUCAAGUUUGUCUGAUCACACCUGGUAUGAAAGUGUGUCCCCUGUGUCCACUUGUGAUCAGAUCUCACUUCCCCGCUCUAGGCAUAAAUCACGCUUCCGUCUUUUGUGUCUCUUUUUGUAUGUUUGAGUGAGAACUAUAGAAAUCGUGAUGGGGUAAACAGUGUUGAUAUUGGGGCUACAGACAAAUCAAGUUAUGGUCGGUGAAUAGACGAAAAAUUGAACACCAGGACGGAUGUGAGCAGCAAGGUCUAAACGGGGCCUUCGACGGAACUCGUCUGCCAGUAAAGGUGUGAAAUGUGAACCAUCCUUUCGUAUCGAGUAGAAAAUGUAUUUGGCCAUUUUUUUGACAGAACCACUGUGGUUAACUCUAAAGUUUAGAGGAAGUUUUCACCUUUUGCUAUUAUUCUGAAUGCACUCUCUCAUUUUAUAUAUUUGCUAAAAUGUUUAAUACCGACUGGAUUUCAACAAUAUCUGGACGAUCCUUUCUUGAAAAAAGGUGCAUUUUAAAAGGGACAGUGUGAGGAGACCUGUGAAAAAAUUGUACGUUUGAUUAACUUAUAUGUAAAUAUAUGUAAUAUAGUUGAUAAGGUUUCACCAAUGUGCAGUUCAGCUACUGUAUUUGCUUACACUGACGGUUUGAAAUAAUUGAAGUAGGGCGAUUUUGUCAGUGCUUCUUCAGGAUUGCCUUUAAGUUUUAUUUUUUGUGAAUGACGGCCAAUGGCAGCGUCCCUGCAAGCACAAGCUAGUCCCCACUGCUACUGAGAUGCUGUAAAAGCCACUUCUUGCAACCUGUAGAUCACAUAGAGUAUCUGCAGUUUGACACUCUGUUGGAUACCACAUCCACAGAGUAGUGCAGCUAGCAUAAGCAUUUGAGCAGUACUAUUUCAAAAUGGCAGCUACUUUCAUAGUUUUAAGAUUAAGGGGAUUUGACUCAUUAAAUUCCAAACCUGGCAUCGAUGUAUCUUGGCUUUGAUAUAUAAUCCUUGACAAGACAUCUGAAGCGUGAUUUUAGUGUUUAAUCAGAAACAUUAUAGGAUGUCAAUGUGUUGGCACAUUUGUUAAUUAAAUCAUAAUCUAAGUCUUUUACACUGCUUGCUAAGCCUACCUCUUCUACAAGGCCAUAGAAUAUGUGAAACCUCUCGUUGGGUUUGUACAUCAAAGAUCCUUAAGCGAGCUGUUUUCUGUUAUUUCACAUUAUUUAUUUACCAAUAGCUUUACACAUCAUGCCAUAUGAAUUGGACUCAGUUAAAACAACCCCAAAACUUGUGUAUUACCAUGUGUGUCACCAACUGUAUCCAUGAAUAAAGAUAAAUCAGGUUAAAGACAGAA